UGCCAAGAGGCGCGUUUAAUACAUAAUGCCAACGAUUAAAUUUAGCAUACGCUGUGCGACAAUGGCCGGCAAGACGCUUGGCGAAGAAGUGUUGGCUAAGCAGUGCAGCAGCACAAGAAGACAAGAACAGCCCACGAGCGAUGAUGCACUGCGUCAUAUGUGCGAGUAUUGCGGUUAUCGGACACGCAUACGUUGCAAUUUGCGGGUCCACACGCGACGUCAUACUGGUGAGAAGCCUUUUCUGUGCGACAUAUGUAAUGCAUGCUUCGUGGCACGUUAUCAACUGACCACACACAAGGAGCGACAUUUGGACGAUCAGCAGCGGCGCCGUCUCCAUAUGUGUAAAGAUUGCAAUGUUGGAUUUUUAAGUGCGCGUGCACUUUAUCAUCACCGGCCACUGCAUGCAGCCGUGAAGAAAUUUCAGUGUACAUUAUGUGAGAAAUCCUAUGCCCAGGCAGCUGGUUAUGCGCAGCACAAGCGUUGGCACCGCCAGCGUAACCAGCGAGCCACGGCGUCCACAAAGCAACAACCAACUGCCAAAUAAUUCAAAUCGGCGC